UUCACCUAUGACAGCAGUCUGCGAGACAUACAUUCAAACAUGAGUUCUUCAUCUGAUGAGGAGAGUUUUGCGGGCCUCAGAGUCCACUUUACCCAGACGGAGUGGGCUCAGCUGGCCAAAUGUGAGAAGGUGCGCUACAGCAACAUGAAGAGGAACCACCUGUUCAUGCUGUCCAUAGGUCUGUCCUCUCCUCCUCCUGCCUUCAUGCGACGGGGACGGAAGGGGGCAUCGGCCAGACCACCCCCUCCUGAUAGCAGCGACUCAGAGGAGGAGUGGACACCCAGUCUGGAGAGGAGGCCUCCAGCUCCUCGUGCCUUCAGAGCUCCUGUGAGACGCCCUCAGCCCUCCACUGCUGCCCUAACAGCUCAGCCAAGCAAGAGUCUGGCCUAG